AUGUCAAACCCUGAAAACACUAAGUCCACAGAAAAUAAAGUUCAACCUGGCAAACCAUAUACUCAUGUCUCAACACCUGGUAGAACUGAUCUAAGACAGACGCUCCACUCAAACUCCACUAUCGAAGAUGAAGUUACGUCCUUCAUCGGUGAUAAUGUUAAACUGAUUGUGCAAGAAUUGGUAAACUCCAGUAGAGAAGAUGUGACUAGAGAAACCAGUUACCAUGAACUCAAACCAAGAAUCUAUAUCAGAAUUGGAAAAUCGGAUGAUCUUGACAUUCAAGGAGGUUUACAACCUUCUACCAUUUAUGACAGAACUUCCUACACUCUGCAAUCAAGGCCUGAUGGUAUCAUGGUGAAAGGGUAUGAAGAGACUUGUGAAUAUAUUAAUGAGAUUCGAAGGAGGUUUAUUGAUGAUAGUAAAGUUGAAGAAAUUCCUUAUAUCAUGUAUCCGAAUUCCGCAGUUGAGAAGACCUUUAUGGCAUACUACAAUGCUUUAACCGCGAAUUUGAAUAGGACACCUAGCGAUGAACUAGCUUUGAAACGGUAUAACGUUCGGAAGUUCCCGCCUAUGAAAGUGAAAGAUAUAGAUGGAUUCUAUUAUUGGUUAAGGAGUAUGGUUUGGUAUAAACACACUUAUUUCAUUCCGGAUUACUUAAUUCGUGAUACGAUAAUUGCAACAGCCAAGGAAGUAGAUGAUCCAGCAUUGACUGGGACCGUCCAAACGAGUUGCAAGAAAAUAGACAAAGCACUAUAUUCUCCUAUUAAGUAUAACCUUCUAUUCAAGGACUGGAGAAAAAGCAACAAUGGUGAGAGGCCUACCGAUAUAAUCAGGGAGGUGGAUGAGAUAUUCAAGUCGAACAUUCAUCCAAAGAGUGUGAUGGUAAAUGUACAAGGAGAAAUUGAAAAUUACCUUGAGAGUAAUCACGUGAAUGCUUUGCCUGUCAUGACAUGGAUCAGAAUAUUCAAGAUGUUAUUUGGGAGACUAAGUGUGGUAAUGGAUCAAAUUAUAUAUUAUAUGAGUCCAGAUAUCAAGGUAGUAAAAGUAAAUGAAAAAGGGUUAAACUAUGAAAUCACAUUGAAUGGAUUCGAAAUUAGGCACCACCUAUAUUCCUUGAAAAUGGGUAGUCUAAAACAAUUGUUGGAUGUGGAAGGCGAAGUACCGUAUAAUGAUAUAUGGGAUGCGGUUAGUACAACAUAUGACGAUAACAUGUCACGUAUACACGUCGUAGGACUGACUUUGAAGAUGAAGCAGACGAAAGGAGACUUGUGUCAAGUAUGCAUAAAAAUCGGACAUGAGUUAACAAAAUGUUAUAGAGCAAAAGAGGCAGAGAAGUGUGGUACAAUACUAAUGAAAAAUAGAAGGGUGUUUACUCCUGACGGCACUGAAUUGAUGAUAAGUGAAAAAGAGACAAUGAUGAGAAAGUAUCCGGAUUUAUUCACGAGUGCAGAAGGACGACACCUGUAUAAAUAA